AUGCUGCUUUCAGGAGCAAACAGGCUGUACCUCCGUCGAAUACUUCGCUGGCGAGUGACGAGGAUCGCACUACUUCUUCUAUUUGUGAUCAACAUCUUUGAUAUUCUGCGAAUACAACGUGACAUCGUCCAUGGAGACCGAGAACACAGGCUACGCAGCGGCAGCGGCGCGGUACGACGGCGCGAGAGGAUAUACAUUGCGAGCAUGCAUUGGAACAAUGCAGAGGUGUUGAAGGACUACUGGAACGAUGCGGUAAUUAAGCUUACUGAGACAUUCGGCGCCGACAAUGUGUUUGUGAGCAUAUACGAGAGCGGGAGCUGGGACGACAGCAAGGAAGCUCUACGAAUGUUAGAUGCAGAGCUUGAAAAGAGGAACGUACCGAGACGGGUCGAGGUAUCAGAGACCACGCACUACGACGAGAUAACGAAGCCGGAGAAAGAGAGAGGCGAAGGGUGGAUAGACACAUCGAGGGGAAGGGAAUUGAGAAGGAUUCCAUAUCUAGCGAAGCUGCGAAACAAAACGAUACAGGACUUGAUUGAGUUGAGCAAGAAGGGAAUCACGUUUGAUAGAGUGCUGUUCCUCAACGAUGUGGUAUUCACGGUUGAAGAUGUGUUGACGUUGAUGGACACCAAUGGCGGAAACUACGCCGCAGCAUGCUCCAUGGACUUUUCGAAGCCUCCGCUAUACUACGAUACCUUUGCCCUACGCGACAUCGAAGGAAAUGCGCAUGUUAUGCAGACAUGGCCAUAUUUCAGGUCCAGGACUUCCAGGAAUGCAUUAGUGAACCACUUGGACGCUGUUCCAGUGACCAGCUGCUGGAACGGCAUAGUCGUCAUGCCCGCUGAGCCCUUCGUCUCGUCGACGCAACUUCGCUUCCGUGCUGUCCCCGAUUCCCUCGCCGCUCACCACCUAGAGGGCUCCGAAUGCUGCCUCAUCCAUGCCGAUAACCCUCUGUCCAGGACAAAAGGCGUCUAUCUCAACCCACGAGUGAGAGUAGGUUACAAUUACCCGGCGUAUGCAGCGACACAUCCUGCCACGAAGGCCUGGGUGUCUCCGUGGGAUAUCUUCACUGGCCGGUGGGUAAAUAGAAUAAGGAGAUGGACGUCGUGGACUUUUGAUUCGUGGGUAGUGAGGUGGAGAGUAGGACGCUGGGAGAAGGAGAAGAAAGGGAAUCGCGAGCCUGGUGAGUUUUGUUUGAUCAAUGAGAUGCAAGUGUUGGUCCACAACGGGUGGGCUCAUGUGUGA